AUGACGAGAACCGCGCACUUGGAGGACUUCGUGGUGACUGACCGCGGCGGUAUUGUCGAGAACAGGCACGGCGUCCACGCUGCAGUGGUCGAUGCCAACGGAAAACUUCUUUUCGCCGUCGGCAACCCUCUCAGACUCACCCUCGCCCGGUCAGCAGCCAAACCUGCCCAAGCCCUUGCGGUACUCGAGACACCCGGAAUCGAACGAUUUGGAUUUGACGACGCGGACCUCGGUUUGAUGUGCGCGUCUCAUAACAGCGAGGAAAGACACAUCGAGAGAGCCAGGUCGAUGCUGAGCAAGGUUGGGGCCACCGAGUCGGACCUCCAAUGCGGCGGACAUCCCUCGAUUUGCCCGAACCUCAACAAAGAAUGGAUCAGAGCAGACUUUGAGCCUACAGGGGUCUACAACAACUGUUCCGGAAAACAUGCCGGCAUGCUGGGCGGCGCGCUUGCCCUCGGUGCUGGAUUUGCGGACUAUCACUUGCCCAGCCAUCCAAUGCAGGUCAAGGUGAAGAAGGUCGUACAAGAUCUAAGUGGCCUUCCCGAGGAGGAAGUCAAAUGGGCCAUUGACGGCUGCAAUCUGCCUGCGCCUGGCCAGUCCCUGUGUUCGAUGGGGCGCAUGUAUGCCAGCUUUGCUCAAGCGACUGAUGAAGUGGGAAAACGCGCCGCCAAUGUCAGCGAAAGAACACGCCUCAUGGCCCAGAUUUUCAACGCAAUGGCCGACUAUCCAGAGAUGGUGGGCGGAGUAGGUCGUUUCUGCACCAUCCUCAUGGCUGCUUUCGAAGGUGCUCUCAUCGGCAAAGUCGGUGCGGAUGGUUGCUACGGAGUUGGCAUCAGGGAAUCAGAAUAUACUCGGAAACUUGGAGCGGAAGGAGCUGUUGGAAUCGCAGUCAAGAUCGAAGAUGGCAGUCUUGAGAUUCUCUAUGCGGUUGUAGCAGAGAUACUUGAACAGUUGCAGAUUGGCUCAGUUGACUCGAGGCGGAAGCUUGCGUCUUUCCAUUAUCUCAAGAGGCUCAACACCAUGGGGAUAGAAACUGGCCAAGUGUCGCUCUCCUUCAAAGUCAGAAAUUGUUAG